UGAAUGCAGCAGGGAUGAUGUUGCCUUGGAUCCAUAUUACCUUGUUAGCAGGUUGCAAGCUAGCUGAAUACACCCGGUACAGUGCGGAUACAAGGGGAUGUCACACGUUUUUUUAAUACGAACUGAGGACUUCGUGGUUUUUAUCGGCUCGACACAAGCAGGACUAAUAACUCCCAAACUUUGGCGAGAUGACGACGCGCUCGGAGCGAGAGAAAGCCCAGAAACUGAAUGAGCAGCAUCAGGCCAUUCUGUCUAAACUGCUGAGGGAAGAACACAACAAGUUCUGUGCUGACUGUGAGGCAAAAGGUCCUCGAUGGGCAUCAUGGAACCUCGGGGUGUUCAUGUGCAUCCGCUGUGCCGGCAUCCACCGCAACCUGGGUGUCCACAUCUCCAGAGUCAAAUCUGUCAAUCUGGACCAGUGGACACCCGAGCAGAUCCAGAGUAUGGUGGACAUGGGCAACAGCAGGGCCAAAGAGCUGUAUGAAGCCUACCUACCAGAGAACUUCAGACGGCCACAGACAGACCAAGCAGUGGAAGUCUUUAUCCGGGACAAGUACGAGAGAAAGAAGUACUGCAACAAGGAGGCCCUGACUGCAGCUCCACCCAAGUCCUCUAAAGCUGCUCCUCCGUCCACCUCACCGUCCUCCCAGGCUGACAGAAGCCAACAGGAGAAGGAGCGUGAAAAGAAUAAAGAGGAGAAGAAGAAGGAUGUUAAUAAAGUGGAGAAGCCCAACAACACAAAGCAGUCUGAGUGUAGAGCCAGUCCCAAGGGAAGCACAGAGCCGGCUGUGGACCUGCUGGGCCUGGAUGCUCCAGAGGGUGAUGGGAGGGGCUCAAGUGGUGCAGCACCAAUCAGCGAUGAACUGGACAUCUUUGGACCAAUGGUCUCCAACCCUCUUCCCUCUUCCAACAACACACAGCAGUCUGGUUCCAGUCCAGCACCUCCACAGGCGGACCCCUCCACCUCGUCCUCUUCCUCCUCCUCUACCUCCACCACUACCACCACAAAGGCGGAGGAGAAGAAGCUUUUAUCUAAAGACUCCAUCCUGUCUCUGUACGCCAGCAGCUCAGUGGCCAGUCAGCCGCAGAGCCAGCAACAGCCUGCUCCAGGACAAGCAGGAAUGUAUGCAGGCCAGCCUCAGAUGCCGUUCACUCCGCAGGGUUUCGCUCCAGGGAUGGGCGGAGCCGCCAUGGGCGGAGGAGGGGCCAUAAUGCCCGGCAUGGCGAUGCCCAACGGCAGCUACAUGGGCAUACAGCAGCAGGGCGGGUUGCCAGCCAACCAGAACAUUUACAGCAUGCAGCCAGGACAGCAGCAAGGACAGUGGAACAUGAGCCAGAUAACCCAGCAGAUGUCAGGCAUGGAUGUGAGUGUUGGAGGGCCGGCGCCAGCCACUUUCAGCCAGGCAGGGGCCCCUGCGGCUGGCUGGCCCGCGGCUCCACCUGCAGCUACUGGCCAGACCCUCAGCACUCAGCUGUGGAAGUGAGGAAAAGGGGGUCCGGAGGAGGAGUGGGGGAAAACGGAGGGCAGUCAUAUGGCAAUAAAAUAGUGUC